AUGGAACCAGUAGAACCUGCAAUGCAAUCUCAGGGAAGUAAUAUGGUACCAAUGUCAGAGUUGGUUUUUGAUGCCGACAGAUGCACCCCAGUCAGCAAACUCAUUGCAAAAUUCUGGUCUCUGAUCAAUAACCUACCAGAGAGUGUUCCUGAAGCGUUGGCUGAUGAUCCCCUUGCAAUUUUUGAAGAAGACCCCAAGAGUUUUGAUGACCUGAGCCUGGAUGCUGAGGAACUCUGGGAGGUGAAGUUGAAUGGGCUGCUGAAGGCAGUGUUGGGUUGGGGAGUGGAUCAGAGCAUGGAUGGGAUGAUACAGCGAGGUCAGAAGGGUGUAGAUGGCCUUGCAAAAUUUGUGGAAUACUUUAUCAUGAAGCAUGGGGGAAAGCUGUUGCACCUGUUAGGAGAACUUGAGAAACUGCCAUUGACUCAUACCAAUACCACCACAGUGCCUAUGAUAUCUUCCAAACCUUCAUCUAUUGAUAUCACCCAAUCUGACAGAAUGGACAUAUCAACAUUGCUCUGUCAAGGAUCAGCUGCAGCUAGCACCAAAAAUGCACAGUGCACCAUCAUCGACAUUGAUUCCUUUGAAGAGGAAAAAUUUCCUGGCCAACUGUGCAACCAACAAUUAACAACAACCUUUGCAGAUGGAGUGUACAAGCUGAAAAGCUUUACAGAGGAAGAGGACAUGAAGGCACUCCUCCUCUGGAAACUUGCUGGAAAUUGUGUGGCUGAAAUCAACCAUCAAGCUAAUGGGGCACAAAGUGUCUCAUGCCUUAGAACUUGGUCAACUGUUCCCCCAAUUGUCCCCUUCCAUGCAUGGCCAACAGUGGAUGAAGUUCACAGCAAUGUAAACGUGAUCCUCCAGGGUAUACUCGAAGUGAUGCACCAAAGGAUAGGUUCGAGCAUCAUUCAUGCUGCUGUUUUUGCUGUCUAUAGACCAGUUUCCAUCUGCAUCGGUUUUAACUGGUUUAUGACCGGUCUUUAG